AUGCUGCGUGGGAAGCUCUCACGACGCAACCAGAUACUGGAAGUAAUUAGACGCGCGUACUACCGAGAUGUGCUUGUUAUCAAGGAAGAGCUACGGCAAAACGGUAGGAAAGCGGGUCACGUGGGGUCAAUUCCAAAGCUCCAGCGAAUGCCAUCCAGUCAAGAAUCCUCCACGUCAAUCGACGGCGGUCUUUCUAGCGUUCCAUCAGUGGAUCUGCGAGAAGUUUUACCUCUGUUUGCACCCAGCGAAACAGUGCUGCAACUACACCCGUGCGAGACCUGUGGCGGUCACUUAGAGCUUGUUCAUGGCGAGAGCAAGGAGCUUAAAGCUGCUCGACAAGAAAUGGCCCGUGUAGCUAAAGGAGAGCAACAGAUGCGAGCUGUCGUGCAGCGAAUGCGCUCGGAGGCGAAGCAAAUGGAGGAAGUUAAUGAUGCACUGCAACAACGAGUAAAGGCACUGAUGAAAGAGAACGCGUAUACUCUGGAGCAGUUGCAGGCUGCACGAAAGACGGAGCGCGAACAAAAAGUUAUUAUUGCUGGAAUGCGCUCCAAGCUCCAGCUCGUUCAAGCUACUCAGGACGAAAUCGAUCGCCUCACGAACGAGUGUAAGGAUAUCAAGCAGCAGCUUGUUCGCUCGAACCACGACCGAGAUAUCUUCUCGGCUUCAAACAACCAUCUCAAGGAAGAACUUGCUCAAGUGACCAGAGCUCUGCACGUCGUCAAAGUCGAGAAAGCACAAAUCGAGUCCGACUUCGGCACAAACUACUAUCGAUUACAGGAAGAAAUUAAAAAGUCGAAACAGCUGACUGAGGAUCUCGCAGCACGCGACGCGCAACUCAAAGAGAAAAUGGCUCUUUGCGCGGAGCAGCAGCAAUCUCUGACAUCUCUAAAAGAAGAACUGGUGUCGACUUUGCAGCGCUUUGAACUAACCAAACGGCAUCUGGAAGACCAGCUUAUUGAAGAAGAACGAGCACGAGAGGAGAUGCAAGAGCAAAAUCUGGAAUUUCGACGUCUCAACAAGAAAUUAGCGCGAGACUUGGAGAACAUUCAGCAGAACCGCUCGAUGGAUAUGGAUUAUUCCUCCAUGCUUGAUGAUCCGGAGGAACCGGAAAGACCGGCAAGCAAUAACACUAAGAAGGACCGCUCGCAGAGACAACAAGUAGCAAGCCAGGCGAUGCGGAACAAUGUACGAAAAAAGAUCGACGAUCUUCAAUACCAAGUGGAGUGGGCUUCGAUGCGCGAGAACGAUCUAGCAGGUCAACUAGCUCGCAACCCCAACAGCACCGGUCAGAUGCCUGGUCUGAAGCGGGCUAGUACACUGAAUUCAAGCGAAGGGGAGACUCGCCGGCCAUUUAUAAAGCCUGCAGCCAGAGCGCAGAUUGAAUCUGCGUUGCAAGAAGAAGAUGAAUUGCAGGAUGCGCUAGAUAUCAACGACCAGAACUUUGAGGCGUACCACAAGGAAAUCGCGCGUAUGCUGGCCGAGGUGAAACAAGGCAAAGAUAACGUCGCCAAACAGCAAAAAGUGAUCACGGAGCUGGAGCGAAAGAAUCUUGGACUAACCGAUCGGCUAGAAGAGUCCAAGCUGUCUAUUGACGCGCUAACUGGCAGCGUGAAUGCACUCAAGAUGCGGCUGAACCAGGAUAGCGCCGGUGCUGCUGAGAUGAUGGAGGCAUUGAUGCGCCAACACGAAGAGGGAAAACGAGAACAGCAGUAUGAAGUGGAGAAGAGCUUUAUUCUGAUGACUUUCCUGCGCCAAGUUUCUGAGUCAGUACAUGAAGUCAGCGACAACAAAUCCCUCAUUUUAGAGCUGGAGCUCGACGUUGUGCCACCUGAAGAUCCCAAUGAAGCCAUACGUGAUAGUGAAGGUGGUAUACAGAUGAUAGAGUUGCAGCGUAAAAAGCGAGAAGUACGCCGGAAAGUGCUCUUGGAGAAGGCCAUGAAGAAGUUUGGAAUCCUGUGUCACAACCGAGCCGAGGUAGUCACAGUCGAAAUGCAAAAGAUUAAAGCAAGUUUUGAGCGUAUGCGUGAAGACCUCGACCAAGCCGAAAACAAAAUUGACUCGGACCAACUUCAUAUUCGGACACUGGAGGCAGAAAUCUCAAAACUCCGUCUUGUAGUCGACAUGGGGAAGAACAGCUCAGUAAAAAUGGAGCGGGCAUUGAAACAAACAACGGAGGAGCUCAACGAGUACACGAUGAGAUGUAAAAUUCAGGGAGAGGAAAUGAUUGCACUCAAGACGGAACACGGACAGUUGGAAGACGACCACCAGCGGCUCACACUUUUGCUGUUUGAGAAGACAAAAGCCUGGCAGCAAGAACUCAACGCCAAUGACAGGUGUAAGCAGAUCAUUGCGAGGCUAGAAGUUGACGUCAGCGAACUCAAGAAGGAGUGCGAAACCCUGCAACAAAAACUUCGAGACAUCGAAGAGCAGGAUGAGAUCCGCCGCCAAACAAAUCGCAGCGUUGAAGUAUCAGCAAUUCCUGAAACAACCGAGUCAGAGGCUCAAACCGAUCGCUGGAAACCUCAAGGAUUGAUUCUGCGGCAACGUAAUGGCCCCGAUCGCAUGCCGCAGCGCUUCCUGGGGAAGGCAUCCGUCAUGAUCCAUUGCCCCGAAUUGAAUCACGCUCCAUCCCCAGGGAUGGAUACACCCGUACAAAACCAAGAGCUCGGUGCUUUAUCCAGUUUAGGUGGAAAUGCGCCUCAGAUUACCGACACAGAUGAACAUAUGCGUGGUCUACUUGAGCUAAAAGUCUACCCGUCGAUUAAAGCAGGUGGUCGGCAGAUCAAGACGAGUUACGCUAGUUCCCGUCCGAAAGCUCUAUCACGACUCUAUCUGUCGUCUGACGGGGUCUCUCAAAAGUACAUUGCACCGCAAGGUUUGCGUGAAGGCACUCAGCAGCGAGCUUCAUUCGAUGGUAGACCGGCAACGGUUCUUUGA